GGCGGCGGGGCUCCCCUGGACCGCAGAUACGAAAGCUGGAGGGAGCUGGCUAAGGCUCUGGCAGACACAAAUGUCCCAGGUGGGGACCCAAGCCUUCAGUUUCACGAUCCACAGAAGCUGGGACACAAGAACCAAGAGCUGCAAAGAAAUGGGAGGAAUAAAUCAAAUUACGCAGCUGUGGACAACCCUGUCCCGUGGAUGCCAGAGUUCCAGGGCCAGGCCAAUCUGCACGUGUUCGAGGACUGGUGCGGCAGCUCCACUGAGCAGCUCAGGAAGAACCUCCACUUCCCUCUCUUCCCCCACACACGAACUACACUGAAGAAGCUGGCUGUGUCCCCAAAAUGGACCAAUUAUGGUCUCCGGAUAUUUGGCUACCUGCAUCCUUUCACUGAUGGGGAGUUUCAGUUUGCCAUUGCUGCGGAUGACAAUGCUGAGUUCUGGCUGAGUCCAGAUGAAAAAACCUCUGGUCUCCAGCUGCUGGCCAGUGUAGGCAAGACAGGGAAGGAGUGGACCGCACCAGGGGAGUUUGGGAAAUUUCACAGCCAGCAGUCAAAGAUGGUGAGGUUGUCGGCUGCAGGCAGGUACUAUUUUGAGGUGCUGCACAAGCAGGAUGACAGAGGAACGGACCAUGUGGAAGUAGCAUGGAGACCGAAUGACCCAGAAGCGAAGUUCAAAGUCAUUGACUCCCAGUACCUCUCCCUUUUUGCUAACGAGACGCUCUUAAAGAUGGAUGAGGUUGGGCAUAUCCCGCAGACGUUGGCCAGUCACAGGAGCCGUCCCGCUGACGGCGCAGGCAGCAAGGCACACCCAGCUGACAUGUUGAAGCCUGACCCCCGGGACACUCUUUACAAAGUGCCCCUCCUCAGCAAGUCUCGUGUGCGCCGAGCCCUGCCAGACUGCCCGUACAAGCCCAGCUACCUGGUGAAUGGAUUUCCUCUGCAGCGCUACCAGGGACUCCAGUUUGUUCAUUUGUCCUUUGUUUACCCGAAUGAUUACAGCCGCCUGAGCCACAUGGAGAAAGACAACAAAUGCUUCUAUCAGGAAAACCCUUAUUACUUGGAAAGAUUUGGAUUCUACAAGUACAUGACAAUGGAUCGGCCAGAGAAGAACCUGGACUCUGGAGAAAAGACAGAGCAGCCAGGCUCCCAGGAGGAGAACCUGGAUGACCUGCAGUACAUGGAGCAGGAUGCAGGGACUACCAGCCCUCCCAGACGCCCUGGCACGGGGAGGGCAGAGCCGGCCGGCAACGCUCCCAGCAGAGUGGUGGGCACUGAUAAAGUUCAGAAGGACUAUUCCGUCCAGGAGCGUCGCCGGCUCCUCCUCUCAGUGACGGGUGGCCACACAGGAGAGGGGCUACAGAGGAGAAGGAUGAAGAGGUCUGGUGUCAAGUCAGCCACGCUGGCCUCUGCCAACCGAAGCCUCAGCCAGACUGGCCUAGAGGGGAACCCAAUAAUGAAGAGACCUCAUUUAAAAACCGGCAUCAAAGACAACUCCAGGAGCCCUUCGCAGCACGCCAGGGCCGUCCAGGGGAGAGCACCUGCCACAAAGGCCAACCCUCCUUCUAGGACCGUGUCUCAAAGGCAGCAGCCUCUCAGCAGCCCCAGGAACUCAGGGGUCACAAUUCCCAAAGGGCUGAGACCUCAAAGAGACCUCGGUACCACUAAAGAUGGGCUGCAGCCAGCCAGUGCCAUGCCAGCCAGGAGAGGAGGCCGGGUCUCCAGCAAAGCCAGCAGACAUGCUGUGAGCACUGCCAGCCCCAGCCAGCAGCCUGGGCUGCCCCAGUGGCUGAAUCAAGUGGAGACCUACAUUGCUGAGCAGAAGGCUGCCAAUGGAGGGGACGUGGGUGAGGGAGAGGCGCAGGUGGUAUCUCCUGUGAAGGACAAGUCUGGACCCGUGGCGGCAGAAGAGGAAGAGGAAGAGGUGGAUGGGGAGCUAGAGGAAGAAGAAGAGGAGGAGGAUUUUGAUUACGUACCAGUGUUCGACCAGGCGGUGAACUGGGAGCAGACCUUCAGCACGAGCAACCUGGACUUCCAUAUGCUGCGCACAGACUGGAUUGACCUGAAAUGCAACACGUCAGGAAACUUGCUGCUAAAAGAAAGGGAGGCCCUGGAAGUCACACGCGUCUUCCUGAAGAAGCUCAACCAGAGAAGUAAAGGGCGGUUUCAGCUGCGGCGUAUCGUGAACGUGGAGAAGCGGCAGGACCGCAUGCGGGGCAGCCGCUACCUGCUGGAGCUGGAGCUGCUGGAGCAAGGACAGCGGCUUGUCCGCUUCUCCGAGUACGUCUUUGCGCGGGGCUGGCAGGGCGUUGGCGGCAAGGAGGAGGAGGAGGAGGAGAGGAAGAUGAGGAACCUGGUGUGGGGUCGCCGGCGGCACCUGAUGGCUGUGGCGAACGAGCCAGAGUUGUGCUGGCCCCAGGGCUUUUCCUGGAACCACCGGGCUGUGGUUCACUUCGUGGUGCCAGUGAAAAACCAGGCACGCUGGGUGCUGCAGUUCAUCUCUGACAUGGAAGAGCUGUUCCGAGUCACUAAGGAUCCAUACUUCAACGUCAUCAUCACAGACUACAGCAGCGAUGACAUGGACGUAGAGAAGGCUCUGAAAAGGUCUAGCUUGCACAGCUAUCAGUACUUGAAGCUGACGGGGAAUUUUGAGCGUUCUGCUGGGCUGCAGGCGGGGAUAGACCUUGUGACGGACCCACAUAGCAUCGUUUUCCUGUGUGACCUCCACAUCCACUUCCCAGCUGGAGUCAUUGAUUCAAUCCGGAAGCACUGCGUGGAAGGCAAGAUGGCCUUCGCACCCAUGGUCAUGAGGCUGCACUGUGGCAUGUCCCCACAGUGGCCUGACGGUUACUGGGAGGUGAAUGGGUUUGGUCUCCUGGGCAUAUACAAGUCUGACCUGGACAAGAUUGGAGGCAUGAACACAAAAGAGUUUCGGGACCGCUGGGGAGGAGAGGACUGGGAACUCCUGGACAGGAUUUUGCAGGCCGGGCUGGAAGUGGAGCGUCUCUCCCUGAGAAACUUUUUCCACUGGUUUCACUCAAAGAGGGGCAUGUGGAACCGGCGCCAGCUGAAGACGCUGUAGCCUUCAACCCCAAAGCUGCCUGGCAGCGCCGUCCGUCGUCUCGUCUCGACGUGCACUUUAUGGAGGCACACAGCCGAGUGCACAAACUCUUCCUCUGCCUCCAAGAGCCCUCCGGUGGGACGGCACGGCCGAGGAAGGGGCGAUCAGACUAGGGGAGCGGGAGCUUCUCUUGUGAGCCGUUGUAUCCAAGACGUGGGAUCCGUGUCUUGCUGGGAAGGCGUGGGGGGGAGAUGUUGACAAGUGAAGGACUCGUAUUUCCUGCCAUGCAGUCUGGCGGAUGGUACGGUGGGACAGGUGCCAUAUUUCCCGUUGAGUCUUGCGUGGUGCAAACCAAACAGACAAAUCCCAGCUAAUCCCAGAAUGGUUUAUUUACAGUAACGCAGCUUUUCUUUCAAUACUUGAAGGGGAAAAAAAAAAACAAACAAAAAAAAACAAAAAAAAAGAGAAAAAAACAACCAACCCUCCCCAUUUCCCCUCCUUCCUCAUCUCUCCGGUAUCCAUGCUUUUGGACAGGGGACCAAAAUAAGUUCUCUGAACUGUAUUGUGUCCACAUGCCCAUGUGCUGACCCAAGGAAAUCUGGAUGUGGAGGAGCUGAUAGGCACUUUAGGCUGCUGGUGCUUAGAUGUUUCUCUGUGCUUUUCACUUUAAUCAUGAUGAAAAACCAUGUUCCUAUUCAGCAAAUAGUGGGCAGUGGUUGGAGACUCGAGGACUCUUCCCUUAUGAGAGCCACAUUUGCCUGCAACUGGGCAAGGUGGCCAGGGUUGAUGUUACAGCUCCACCUACAUUAUUGAUCCACUGCCUGGGGAUAGUGGAGGCGUUAUACAGAGAAGCUAGGAGGGCAUCUCAGGAGGAACUUCGCAGCCUUAUCUGACAGACAUGUGUGUUUGUCCUAACGAUAUCAGGGAAACCCUAGCAGGGAAGAAGUGGCAAUAUUUUAUUAGUUGAAAUAUUGUGAUUUUUUCAGAAGAAGAGGAGACAGAGUAUUCUGCUCCCUAAAUCCUGUACAUUUAUGCAGCAUCUAAAGGUUAAUUUAAUAAGUUAUGGCCUCACAGUUAUGUCUUAUCAUAUGUUUGACUUUUACGUAAAGAGCAGGCUUCUUGGUUGAAGAACCGGCACAGCUGUUGGUGCUUCAUCUCUGGAACAGCCCUGGGAGAUCCAGAGGAGGUGGCCUCAGGCCUUGGCACUUGCACUGAGCAUAGGAAACAGCUGGAGAGAAGAAGGUUGAGUGAAUAAAGGAUGGGCAGACCCAUGCCAGCACUGACCCAAGAAUUGAGGAGAGAGCCCCUGCCCACAGCCGGCCUGAUGCUACAGGGAAUUCUCAGCCCCUAAAGCUACCAUUAAUGUAAGGCAAGAUUUUUUUACCCCUUUAACCAUUUUAUGGGAAUAUAGAGACCCCAGCACAGUCAGUGCUUGGCACUGGAGCUUCGGUGUCCUGAUUCCAUGCUGAAAAGGCUGCUACUGGUCUCAAGCUUGAGGGAAGAGCGUGCCAUAGGAUGCAGCUUAUGGCACCCAGCUCUGGGGGGAGUUGUUGGAAAGUGAGUAACAGAGGUGUUCAGGACAGAAGCAAUGCUGAUACGGUUCUAGAGUUUUUUUGCUUUUUACACUGACAGAGUGGAUGCCGAUUCAGAGUAGACAUUCAUUUAUUAUUAAUUCUGUGGUGCUUGACAAGUCCAUCAAGAUCCAUUAUUGCAGUAAAAAAACUGAGCGUGCAAGUCCUGGCACGUGAGAUAACAAUCUUGUCAAAUCAUCUGUUUGCCGGAGUGUGGGUUUUGUGACUGGGGGAGUAAAAAAAAAGUCAACCAGAUUUCAGAAAGUUUGGCUGUGGAGUGUGCAGCGAUGGUGAGAAGUAGACGAGAGAUGGCUGUGUCUCUGAGUCCAUGGAGCUUUUUGCCAGAAAGCAGACACUGACUAUCUCAGAAGAGGCAGCCUUAGCCUUCUGCCCAAGCCAGAGCAGCUUUUUUAUUGAGGGAAGGUACUUUACCCAUGUGGAGACGAAGAAAUGAAACGCUGCCGUUGGGGCGAGAGGGAAGAGGCUGGCAACAGUCAACACUAUUAUUUAAAAAAAAAUAAUAUCUAUAUACCGUAGGAGUUUAGGAGGCCGUAGCCCUGUGAUGCAACGUGGCAAUAAGCUCUGUUUCUGGCUGGAAUGUGCAGCGUCAGUCCUGCCCUGGGUGCGUGUCGGAGCCUGUGCUUCACUCAAAGGCAGGCACAGCCCCAGCGGUGUGCAGGGGAGCCGGGCUCCGGGGCUGCACCCCUGCAGCCUGUCCGGGCUGGCUCUGUCACGCAAUCCCUGUGGAAUGGGGAGAGGCUGGCGGGGAGGGCGAGUGCCGGGACACAGCGAGGCGUUAGCAGGACCCGGCUGUUUGGCCCCCGUCGAGCAGAGAACAGCACGAUGCCCAUUUUGCAGGUGGAGAGCUGAUGGAUUUGGUGGCAGCCCUUAACGUCAUGUGCAGGGAAGGAAGGGUGGUUUGUACCACAUCUGGCUGAGAUGUGGUCUGCAGCACCUAAAGUUAGCAGCUGGCGUUCAUCUGCAGGCACUGGCAAAAAUUAGGAACAUCCAGAAGGUAACUCAGCUUCAGUGAUACUAGUAACCCCUCUUCUUCACCAGAGAGGAGAGUCGGCAAAGAGUGGACAGCAAAGUAGGGUGCAGCCCUCACUCCAGCACUGCCAGCAGAAUUUGAGGAUUUCACCCCCAUGCUUUAGCUGUGACUGUGACUGAAGGAAGGACUCCUUCCUUCGUGCCUUGUAACCCGGGCCAGUGGCAAGCAGAGCUCUUUACCUUGUGAGGACUCCUUGGUGGAGAUGUAAGGAGUUUAGUGGGUUUCAGUCCAGUUUCCUGAUGGCCAGUAUCCCCACUGUCAAAGUUGCCAUCGCAAAUGUUCUCCCCUCUCUAGCACAGUGGGGAUUUUUAGUUGGUAUUUAAGCCCCGCGACAGUAAAUGUGAUUAAUACUAGUUGGCACAAGUUGGAGGAGCUUGGAGAGAGCCCAUGGGGACAAAAGCUGUGUUCCAUCCCAUGUGCUCAGAGACCACUGUGGGCUGAGAGGGAGAGAUGGGGCUAUACACACCUCGGCUUGCUGGCCAGCAGCAAAACUUGCAGCUAUUAUUCCGAGAGAAAUGUAUUGUGUGAAAAUUAUAAUGUGACUUGUUUUGUCAUUGUCUUUAGUGUUUGCUUGGUAUGAACAUCUCGCCUCUUCUCAUUGCCUACAAAUGUCUGAAGUUGAUUGUUUUCUUUAGAUACCGAUGCCUUGUGUUAAAAAUCUGAAUUGUACCUUUGAAUUCUCUGCCUUAAAGUGGCUCUGUGCCUUCAAGACGACUCCUGGGCCACCUCUCUGCUAGAGCUGGGGGGAUACACUGAUUCUCCCUCACGUUUUAUAAAUACCUUGUCUUCCUACAA